GCAGCGCAGUUGAUGUUUAGUCGGAGUUUGUGUAGCACUUCAGAAGUCGAAUAAUCAUUAUCUACCUCAAAUAGUGAUUUUUUUUUAUUGCAGUUGACCUUCAUCUACUACCGUUUCCGUUGCGAACCCAUCGCAACCAGAGGAACCGAUCAGCUUAGUUUGCUAUUCUGUGACAUCGUCCGAAGUUUAGCGAUGAUUGGAUACCAUCGAUGCCGCCUGAGGAACGGGUUGAACAUGCGCUGUUUGCUGCUGCUAAUUUUGAUUGCAGGUCACUGUUGCUCCCAGCAGAUGAACCGUAGGCGCAACAGGAACGAGAAAUGUCCUAGGGUCCGAGCUAUGCGCAAUUUCGACCUACCAGCAAUGAUGGGCUACUGGUACGUGAUUCAGUACUUUGCUUCGUCCGAAACUUUACCGGAGUACUCGUGCAUGCACAGCUCAUUCACGACCUCCGACGGCUUUGUAACCAUGAAUUUCACCUACUUCUUCUCGGAUGAUCCGCUAAGAAAUUUCCAGCAAGGGAACAUUACCUGGGUUAUUCCAAAUUAUGCCGCACCAGCCCACUGGAUCCAUGCCGAGUGGACCUACGAAGAAGUCUACAACACGUACAUUAUUGACACCGACUACCGCUCAUGGGGACUGAUCAUGCACUGUGCCGAGAAAACCAAGACCCAGAAGUAUCUGUCGGCUUUGAUGCUUUCACGGGAGCCGACACUCACACAGAACGUGAUUAAUUUCUUGCGGGAGAAGUUACCCCGAUACGAUAUCGAUUUGAACUAUAUGUUUGCGAUCCCGCAGAACAACUGUACCGAGCGGGAGCAAGAUCCAGUGAAGUAUUUCAAGUAUGAGUCGCUCUAGAAUAUCUCUAUGUGCCAACCUAUUGUAAUGUAAAUAUGUAUAAUCGAAAAUAAACAAAUAAUUA